GGAGACGACUGUCGGAUUAUGAUACGACGAUAAAGUAGGCUUCUCGCUCCGCUCACUGUCCGCCGACUGCGGCGAUAAUGUCCUCCCUCGCCGCCGUCUCCGCUUCCUCUUCCGCCGUCCUCUCUUCCACCUCAGCCGCUUCCAACAGGAAGCCCUCCCCUCCUCGCAGCCGCAAGCCACCGCGCCGCCCUGCCAAGAAACCCCUACUCGCCGAUGUCCGCCUCGCCGCCCCUCGCCACAACAAUGACUCCGACGCUCCUGACCGUCACCUCCUCAAGCACUAUGCUAGCCUCGCCUCGAAGCUCGCCAAGAGCGGCAAGCUUCGGGAUUUCCUGAUGAUUGCCGAAGGCGUCAUCGCCGCUGGAUUCGCCCAAUUCGUCGUCCGCAUCGAUCCGAGGAUGAUUUCCGAAGGGAUCGUUUGUCUCCUUCGCGACGGCAGUCUCGCGGAGGUUGUUGAGUUCGCCAGCGAAGCGGAGAGGAUUGGGCUCUGCCUUGCCUCACUCUUUGAUGAAUCGGCCCUGGAAGCUUUGAGAUUAGAAUGUCGCAGGCUACUGGACGAUGGAAGGCUAGAGCAAUUUGUAGAGUUGAUGGAGACUCUUGCAGGUUAUCAGUUCACUAUCAAAGACAUUGUAGAUCCAGAAUACGGAUUGAGCAAGAUAAUUCAACGAGGUGAUCCAGAAUUGGCUGUAAGGUAUGCAAGUGUGUUUCCCCAUUUUCAACUUUUGUUCUGCUCAAUAUUAGAAAAAUAUGGGAAGAAGCAAGACAUUGUUUCAGCUACAAAAGCUUUUGAAAUUUUCAAGAAAAAAUCAGGUGGACUUAACAUGUUUGCUUGGCGAGCUAUGAUUGAUCUUUGUGGGCAUUGUGGUGAUUUCUUGAAAUCUAGAAGCAUAUUUGAGGAGUUGCUCACUAAGAACAUUAUGCCAAAUAUUUAUGUUCUCAACAGCCUAAUGAAUGUGAAUGCACAUGAUUUGAGCUACACCUUCCAUAUUUACAAGCGUAUGCAAGAUCUAGGAGUAACUGCAGACGUGACAUCCUACAAUAUCCUUUUGAAAGCGUGUUGUAAUGCAAAAAGGGUGGAUUUGGCUCUAGAGGUGUAUGAGGAAAUAACGCUUAUGGCUUCAAAAGGAGCACUUAUAUUGGAUGUAUUUACAUAUAGCACGAUGAUAAAAGUGUUUGCAGAUGCAAAAAUGUGGCAGAUGGCAUUGCAUAUAAGAGAGGAUAUGCUUUCUGCUGGUGUGGUUCCAAAUAUAGUUAUUUGGUCAACAUUACUUAGUGCUUGUGCCAAUGCUGGGCUCGUUGAUCCUGCCAUUCAGCUAUUUGAGGAGAUGCUUGUGACAGGCUGUGAACCUAAUGCACAGUGUUGCAACACUCUUCUGCAUGCUUGUGUGGAGUCAUGCCAAUAUGAUAGAGCAUUUCGAUUAUUUUAUACAUGGAAAGAAACUGGAUUCAAGAUUUGCUUUUUUGAUAAAAAGCUGAGAUAUUAUUCUAGAGUUAUUUCCUCAGGAAUGAACAAUAGGGAUGGAACUAUUUCAUCUAAAUUGACAUCUAUGCAAGAUGGUGGGCCUUCUUUGUUGAUGGUGGUUCCCUUUAAACCUACAGUACCAACUUUUAAUAUUCUGAUGAAGGCUUGUGGUUCUGAUUUCUAUCGUGCAAAAGCUUUGAUGGAUGAAAUGAAGACAAUUGGUCUUACUCCCAACCAUAUAAGUUGGUCUACGCUGAUUGAUAGUUAUGGUGCUGCUCAUAAUUUAAGUGGUGCUAUGCAGGCAUUUAGAGCUAUGCAAGAUGGUGGAAUGAAACUUGAUGUUGCUGCUUAUACUACUGCCAUCAAGGCAUGUGUUGAAAACAAGAAUUUGAGAGUAGCGUACUCUUUAUAUGAAGAAAUGAAAAGAUAUCAAAUACAACCAAAUUUGGUGACUUAUAAUACCAUGUUAAGAGCUCGAGACAAGUAUGGAUCUUUCGUUGAGGUUCAACAAUGCCUAGCAAUAUAUCAAGAUAUGCGGAAAUCUGGAUACAGAUCUAAUGAUUAUUAUCUGAAGGAAUUGAUUGAGGAGUGGUGUGAAGGAGUAUUGUGCUCCCAAUGUCAAAGCCAUAAACUACCAAUACGGGAUACUGGCAAUGAAACUAACUCAAGGAAAUGCAAUAAUUUACUUUUAGAAAAAGUAGCACUGCACUUGCGAAGAGAUAUUGGUGACAGACAAGCUAUUGACAUUCGAGGGCUUACAAAGAUUGAAGCUCGGAUUGUGGUUCUCUCAGUUCUUCGGAUGAUCAAGGAGAGCUAUUUGCUCGGAAAAGCAAUUCAAGACGAUAUGAUCAUCAUCACGGAUGUAGUCGAUAAAGGAGCAGCCAGGACCUUGACGAGUCACAAUCUGGAUGUGCAACGGUGUAUAGUCAAAGUACUGCAAGAAGACUUGAGCUUUGACUUGAGAACAGGACACGGUGCCCUUGAUGAUCCCUUCAGUAAGCCGUCCACCGUUCUUCGCCCUCCUGAAGCUGUCAAAGGUUUCAAGUUUCAAGCAAGGAGGCCACAAAAUACAGGAAUGAUAAAGGUCACGAAAGAGUCCCUUCUUGGCUGGUUACAGAGGAAAGACCAUCGGUCAUCACCAGAAGGCUCAUCUUGAAAGACCCAAAAAAAAAAAAAAAGUGGGUUUUGCACGAAGAAGCAUUGCCUUGUCAUCAAACGGCCAAGAUUAAAUGCUGCACGAUCCAGUGGUUGUGCAGGUUCUAGGUUGAUCGAUGGCCAUCUCCUUUUGAAGUUUUGAUUCGGUAAAAUUAUUCAAAAUAUACGAGUGUUAUUUGUUUUUUUAUAAAGUUGACAAAUUAUAUUUAUUGAUAUUCAUAAAAAAAAACAGCGCGUUGAAUUUGCUAAGUCGAGGACGGUAUAGCUUUUCUUUUACAAAUAUAAAUAAUGUGUGCUAUAUCUGUUAAUAAAUAUAUUAGUGUUA